AUGUCAUCCGCCGGGGGAACAACAGCCGUAAAGCGACUGAUGGCAGAAUAUAAAGAGCUGACAAGAAACCCCCCAGAUGGAAUCACCGCUGGCCCGGUUUCAGAUGAUAACAUGUUGGUGUGGGAGGCUCUUAUUUCUGGCCCGCCAGACACUUCCUUCGAAGGUGGGCUGUUCCCUGCAAUUCUCACCUUCCCAAAGGACUAUCCGCUCAGCCCGCCGACAAUGAAAUUUACCUGCAAACUGUUCCAUCCCAAUAGUAUGCACAAUGUUUAUGAGGACGGAAGGGUGUGCAUUAGCAUCCUGCAUCCGCCUGGAGAUGAUCCAAACAUGUAUGAACACAGCUCCGAGAGAUGGUCGCCCGUUCAAUCUGUCGAAAAAAUACUUUUGAGUGUUGUAUCCAUGCUGGCCGAGCCUAAUGAUGAGUCGGGGGCAAAUAUCGAAGCGUCGAAAAUGUGGCGCACCAAUCGAGAGGCCUUCCAUGUAAUCGUCAGGGAAUGUGUUGCGAAGAGUCUGCAGCUCUAA